GUACCGGAUCAUGUACAUAAGCGCUUUGUAAUAAAGAAUCACGAGGAUGUUCAAUUGUCCCUUGACUUCGUACUAGUAAUACUAUAUACUCUAUCUUGUCCAGGAAGGUCUAUCUGAACCUCACAACGAUAAUCUUUGGGUAUGACAACCGGCCUUCUGUAACUCCCCAAACUCUCGCCCCUUCGACUCAAACCCGUCGUACCGUGGCGAACAUGUCUCUCCACAACACGCCUUUGCGUUCAGAUAUCAAACGUUUGGUAUCCCAAGCCGCCUUCCCACCCCUUGAUCCUCGCGAAAUCCAGCUAAAUCUCAGCCAGGGGACAGUCCAGCCAGCUCAGAGUCAAGAAGUCAUCGAAAUCCUAUACGAUGUUUACUCGCUGACACAACCUGAGGUCAAUCACUUUAUUCAGCGUGUUGGACAACAAUUGCGCAUCUUACGUGAUUCAAAGCAUGAGAAUAUCGUGAGGUUUCUAGGAUGGAUGCUGCCGGAAGAUACGAGUUCACUUCGUGUGGACGCCGUCUCAAUGAAAUACGAGGGCGGCGAGGUGAUGACCUUUCUUCGGACACAGGAGGAUAAAUCCCAUCGACAGAAACUGGCACGAACACUAGUUUUUGGGGUUUCCAAGGGCCUAGCACACUUGCAUUUCAAGGGGAUCGUUCAUGGCAACCUCAAUCCUGUCCGUUCGAUGCCCUCGCGAGAAUCCCUCCCUAACUUUGUUCUUUAGAGGAAAAUUUUUGUCGAUUGUACUCCGGAGGGUCCUGUCCCUAGGAUUGGUGGUUUUGACUUGUCUUAUUCCCUUAGAGAAACACCUAUCCUUCCCAAAGCAGAACAUAGGACGUCUAGGUUUAUACGUUACACUCCACCCGAAUUGCUGAUCAGAGACGGAAUUGAAUGUGAUAUGGGCGGUGAUAUUUGGUCCUUCGCAUGCACAUCGCUGGAGAUACUUCGAG